AUGCCCACCCACACAACCACGGAUCAUGCUAAGCUUCAUGCUACGUUUCACGGUCUAAACACUAAUCAGUUGCAAGCAGCCACGUCUCCUGCAAAUGGUCGGUUGCAAAUCAUUGCUGGACCCGGUACGGGCAAAACCAAAGUACUCAUAUCAAGAGUCGCGUACUUGUUGCUCGUUGAAAAGAUCAAACCCGAGAAUAUUAUAGUAACUACAUUCACAAAAAAGGCAGCCAAUGAAAUGUGCGAGAGGUUGGAGAAAUUAUUGGGCCAGGAUUCAGGGGUCGAGGUGUCGAAGCUCUUGAUUGGAACUUUCCACAGUAUAUGCUACCGGAUAAUCAAGAGGUUUGGAGCUAAAGUUGGCUUGGGAGGCUUUACCAUCGCCGAUGAACGAGACAAGGACCACUUGAUGAAGGAAAUGCUCGAGAAGGACUUGUCGACUGGUGAUAUUCAACACCUCAAAAGCUCUCUCCAUUCGACUGCGCAGUUCCUAGUCUCGGGGAACGCAAAUGCAAAAUAUCAUGACGUCGAUGUCAAAAACUUGAAACGCCAUAUUGGCAAACUUAAAGCUAAGGGGAUGUUGCCCGAUUACUAUUCCAACCAACGAGAUUCCAACAAGUGCCUAAGCUUGCUUUAUACCGCUUACCAAAAGAAGCUUCAAGUGGAAAAAAAAUUGGAUUAUGAUGACUGUUUGCUUUACUGUUACAUCUUGAUCACCAAAUUACCCGUGUUGCACAACAUCCGGCAUGUGUUGGUGGACGAGUUUCAAGAUACCAACGAGAUCCAACUCCAGUUGAUGUACGAGUUUGCAAAGGGUCACAUUUCCUUUCCUCAAUACCAACAUAAUGUCACCAUAGUUGGAGACCCGGACCAGAGCAUAUAUGCGUUCCGUGAGGCGCAAAGCAAGAAUUUCCAGGCCAUGCAAGAGCACUACUCGAGACACCAUGAAGCACUUGCUUGCUCCGCUGUGUCGCUAACGGAAAAUUACAGAUCUACAUUUGACAUUUUGGACUUUUCCGAACGAGUAAUGCGUCAACAAGAAGAUCGACUAGUUAAGAAUUUAAACUCUCAGACCCAAUUUUCAUUAAAGCCAAUUUAUGUCAACUUGGACUCGGCUAAACAGGAAGCUGAAUGGAUAGCGCACCAGAUUGAGUUUUUGAUGAAAUUGCCCCAGUCUCCAAUCAGACAUGACGAAAUUGCCAUCUUGACAAGAGCAGCUUAUCAAACAAGAGCAAUUGAAGCAGAAUUUGUCAAGAGAAAGAUUCCUUACAUUAUGGUUCGAGGUAAAGCCUUUUGGGAGAGGAAAGAAGUCAUGGCCAUCAUGGAUUACUUGAAAGCUUGCGGUGAUGAAAACGACCGAGUCUCGAUACUUCGAACUUUAAACUACCCGAAGCGAGGGUUGGGAGACGUUACGCUUGGUGUUAUUGAUUUGCACAUCCAGCAAGCAAGAAACACGGGGAAGACAGUGCGUGAUGCACUUCGCACUAUAGCUGGAAAUAAUUCUCGAGACAAGGACAUGAAGUUUGGGCCCAAGGUCCGGGAAAAGGUUUGCGAUUACUUGAAAAUUAUCGAUAAAGCACUGUUGCAAUUGGAAAAGAUUGGUUCAGGUGACGUUAUCGACAAACAGAGCAUCCAAAGUUUGUUUGACCAAGUCUAUGCCGAUUCUGGACUCGAAAAGGAGUUUGCAGACGAAGAAGAACGGCGGUUGAAUGUUGCCGAAGUGCGAGACCAAUUCUGCCAUUUUGAGCCACAGGAAAACUUGUUCAUGGCUGAUAACGAGAUUCAAGAAGAAGAAGAUAACAUCGAAGAUAAUUUCAUUGUCAAAUUCAUUGAGUCCAUUGGACUAUACGAGACGGACGAGUCUGAGCAGGAAGAUCAGGGAAAAACCAAGGUAUCCUUGAGCACGAUACACGGCUCCAAAGGCUUGGAGUGGCCAGUUGUGUUUAUUCCGGGACUCUCUGAGAAUCUCUUGCCUGCUGCAUUUGCCAUGAACCUGGAUGACCCCAACUCGAUUGAUGAAGAGCGCCGGUGUUUUUAUGUCGCGUGCACAAGAGCCAAGACUUUGCUCUUUAUCUCGUCAUACACGGAGGAAGCAAAUGGCGAGUUUUGGAGAAAGCCCGUUGACAAAGUGUCGCGGUUCAUAAAGGAUUUCGAGAAAGAUGGCUGUCUAGCAGACUCCUUGCGGUAUUUGGAGAAAGGAGACCGGUUGAACCAGUUGUAUACGCUCUUGGGCAAGACUCUUGGCGAUGUGAAAAAGACGGAUAUCCAAAACUUGUUCAAGACCUAUAGAGCAAAUUGGCUGGUGAAUGAUUUAGGGUCGCUCGUCGUGAAUUACAAAUCGAAAUCAAAGUCAAAGUCUCAAUUUGACGACUGGGGGAGCGAAUAUCUGGUGGGCUUUGAGGAGCUGAGCCAGGGUGUUAUGUGGGCACUGGAUGCCACAGGAUCCUUCAGCUCAUCAAACCAGAAAAGAUCCACCUCCAAACAUGCCAGAGGAGUCACAUUACUGUCAGCAUCAGCAUCAGGCGGAAUAAAUAAAGCUCCCAAAUCCAAUAAGGCACCAGCUUACAUACCCAACAGAAAUCCCACCAAGAAGAAGUUCAAAAGCUUGCACAAGCGACUUUUGACGGAUUCCACGAAUAGGUGA